CCAAAUAACUCAUCAGUCAUUUUAAGUGGAAUCGUCCCUUAUGGAUGACGUCACCAAACUGGGUCUCAACAACGAGCGAGUGGGCUGGUUUUCAGAAAGAAACAAAGCUCAUUGCGUUGAACGGGAAUAUUUACGAUAGCAUUGAGGUAUAUUUCUGAGUUUUUGUUGAGGAGCUGCAGUAAUGUCUGUAAACUACGCCGCUGGACUGUCUACAUAUGCGGACAAAGGUGUAUGCGGGCUCCCCGAGUCGUUUGACAGUAAAGAAGAGUUAAAGGAGAAGGUGGAGGCUCUGGCCCAGCUGAUUAGGGAGUCCCAGUACCUGGUGGUCCACUCUGGGGCAGGCAUCAGCACCUCUUCAGGCAUACCUGACUUCAGGGGUCCCAAAGGAGUGUGGACCAUGGAGGAGAGGGGCGAGUCUCCCCACUUUGACACCACAUUCGAGGAAGCUCGGCCCAGCCUCACUCACAUGGCCCUCCUGGGGCUGCAGAGAGCCGGCUACCUCAAAUACCUCAUCAGCCAGAAUGUGGACGGCAUCCAUGUCCGCUCCGGCUUCCCCAGAAAUCUGCUCUCUGAGUUGCAUGGGAACAUGUUCGUGGAGGAGUGUGGGAAGUGUGGCAAGCAGUACGUGCGGGAAAAGGUGAUUGGUGUGAUGGGGCUGAAACCCACUGGAAAAUACUGUGAGGAGGUCCGGGGAAGAGGACUCAGGUCCUGCAGGGGGAAGCUCAUCAGUACCAUACUGGACUGGGAGGAAGCUCUGCCUGAAAAAGACCUCAACAGAGCCGAAGAAGCUAGCAGACGGGCCGACCUGGCGCUGACCCUGGGUACCUCUCUGCAAAUCAAGCCCAGCGGAGACCUGCCCCUCUUCACCAAACGCAAGGGGGGCAAGGUGGUCAUCGUCAACCUUCAGCCCACCAAACAUGACAAACAUGCGCACCUGCGUAUCAACGGUUAUGUGGACGAGGUCAUGAGCCAGCUGAUGGAAUUGCUGGGAUUGGACAUUCCAAAGUGGGACGGGCCCACCGUCUGCGAGAGCUCCACUCCUGACCAGAAACCACUUCCUGCCAUCGCUACAAAGAAGGAAGUAAAGAAGGGUGUGAAGAAAGAGGCUAAAAGAGAGGGUAGGAAAAGACUAGGUGAACCAAAGAAGGAAGAGGUGGAUGAAGAGAAGAUUGCAGUAAAGAAAGAGAGGGCGGAACAAACGACAGAAGAGCGUGAGAAAGACCUGCAGGCCUGUACUGACUCUAGCCCUAUCCCAGUCCAAACACAGAACCAGGACCUGUCCAGAGGUGGAGACCAGAACGAGGGGGCCAGCUCCCCAACCCUCUCUCUCUGACAGUUCAGACAGCCCCCAAGAGCCAAACAGAGUAAAGAAUCAGCCAGUAGUGUCUUAGUAUUAUCCCUCCCAACUCAUCAGUUCUUAUACACACUGACCUAGAACAAUGGUAACAUGCUGCCUGGGACCAAUGCAGAAAGGUCUGUGUAAGUGAGAAUGUGCAGUACCAGUCCGUUUGGACACACCUACUCAUUCAAGGGUUUUUCUUUAUUUUUGCCAUUUUCUACAUUGUAGAAUAAUAGUGAACACAUCAAAACUAUUAAAUAACACAUAUGGAAUCAUGUAGUAACCAAAAAAGUGUUAAACAAAUCAAAAUAUUUUAUAUUUUAUUUUAUAUUUUCUUGAAGUUGGAUGAUUGAGGAGGCCAGGUCAUCUGAUGUAGCACUCCAUCCCUCUCCUUCUUGGUCAAAUAGCCUUUACACAGCCUGGAGGUGUGUUGGGUCAUUGUCCUGUUGAAAAACAAAUGAAAGUCCCACUAACUGCAAAAAUAUCGAAAUUUGACUCAACAGACCAAAGGACAGAUUUCCACUGGUCUAAUGUCCAUUUCUCAUGUUUCUUGGCCCAAGCAAGUCUCUUCUUAUUGGUGUCCUUUAGUAUUGGUUGCAGCAAUUCGACCAUGAAGGCCUGAUUCACGCAGUCUCCUCUGAACAGUUGAUGUUGAGAUGUGUCUGUUACUUGAACUCUGUGAAGCAUUUAUUUGGGCUUCAAUUUGUGAGGCUGGUAACUA